AUGCCCGGGUCUGCCGAGAUCCGACGGACCGAAACCAGGCUCCGUGAGCUUGAAGCUGAAUCCCUUCACGAAGCCCUACCCGAGGGUUUCAACGCCUCCCAGGAAACCAUCAAAACAAUUCUAAAACACAUCCUGCCUCCGCCUGCGGUAUCUACGCUUUUGAACAUCGUCAACGGCGCUGUUUGGGGUGUCCUUGCACGCAAAGGACUCAUGGUGCUUACGACAUACGACGGGAUGUUUUUGGGCGGCGUCAUUUGGGCCAAUUUUGCUGCUUGUGUUGUUAUGGGUAUGUUUGUCGCUCUGGACCGAGUCUGGAGCAGAUUGACAGAGCAAGCUUUUGCUAAUAAGGGUGUCAUUCCCAUCUACGUGGGCGUUACUACCGGAUUCUGCGGUACCUGUUCCUCCUUUUCCACGUUUAUCCUCGAAUGCUUCAACAAAGCUGCUAAUACGCUUCCUAAACAGUAUGAUUAUCCGACAGCCGGCUACGGCGUCAUGGAAGCAUUGGCCGUCGCAAUAGCGCAUGUUAGUGUGUCUGCAUCUGGCUUCCACUUGGGAAGGCACCUCAUGGAGUACAUUGAUGCUAGCGUUCCUGUUCUUUCACUUAAAGCAUUCAACACACUCAAUUUGCUGAGUUGUGUCAUUGGCAUUGCUGCCUACAUCGUCAUCAUCGUGCUUAUUUGCACGCAAAACUACGGGUCCUGGCGCCUGUGGCUUUUCCUGGUGCUUUUUGCUCCUUGGGGUGCUAUCCUACGGUACUACCUUCUGAAGUUCCUCAACAGCAAAGUCCCCAAUUUUCCUAUGGGUACGUUUGCCGCUAAUACACUUGGCUGUCUCCUUCUCGCUGUGUUUACUUUAAUAGCUCGUGGACGCAGCCUUGGUGAUCGGAGUGUUCAAAUCGUCACCAACGUCGUUGGGUGCCACGUGCUCAUGGGUCUUGAUGACGGUUUCUGUGGAGCACUUACUACGGUUUCGACAUUUGUUGUGGAGCUUUUCGGUCUUUCGACGUUGUACAGUUAUGUCUAUGGUACAGUUUCUGUUGCCGUUGGCUUUUGCAUAAUGGUCUUGUUGCUUGGCUCGUAUAAUUGGGCUGUUGGUCUUCUCCCCGCUGUAUGCUGA